UGUGAGGAGAAGCGGACCAGGUAAGGGGAAGCUUCGACGGAGCCAGCCGACAGGCAAACGCACGCCACACAAGCUCCUCCGACACACGCGAGACACCGUGCGUGCCCUCCUCGGCCACAACCGCGGGGUCAGUCGGGGUCCUGCUCUUAGUCAGGACGCUCCGAGAGUCUCCUCGUACGACUCAACGUACAGACGACUACCUAGUUAAAUCGGGAUACCGCCUGAUAAAGCGACUUGGUAGUCAUCAUCGGCAUUGUAGUGCGCUAAUCAUCAUAAAGAACAAGGAAGAGGCGUCACCCAACAACCCAUGACGCAGACGCUCCGCAGGAGGAUUUAGGGCAUCAGCAUCCACGAUCCUCAAGAUUCACGAUCGGACAAUCGUUUGGGAAGACGUCAAGUGUAUCAGAGAAGAGGAAUCGGCAGUUCACGUUCUCCAACCUUGGUGGGCCACGUGGUUGCGUGGCCGUCAAAAGAGGGACUCGACCGGUCGAGCGGUAGUAGUGAACGGGACAACCGGUCGCGACGUCCUGGGGAACUCUUUCGGUUCCGCGUUCCGAUUUCUCGAGCGUGUUUCCCCGCGAUCUGUGAUCGAGAGGUACGUGUGUUCACCGGGAGUUUGACGUUUCGCUCUUGGGGAGAUUCUUGUGUGAUUCGCGCUGAACUAAUCCAGGCGUGGUGCACGCGGCAAGAUUGAAAGUAGUGCGCGGCUCCAUGAGCGGCGUGGCGGAAGUUUAACGCGCUUCUGUUCCUGUCGCGAUCACUUGGCGUGAUGUGCGAAGCGGUACCACGAACCUGGCACAUGAAACCGGAACUGCAUUGCAAUCCCGUGGGAGUUCCGGCGGGCGCCCUGUCACCCCCGGCCACCCUCUCGCCACCCGGCAGUCCGAGCGUGAUCACAUUGCCGUCCUCGCCUUGGAGUCCGGGUGUACCGGGCAGCAGUUCGAGCACCAUCGCCAAUGCACCCUCGGGCUUUUGUCAACCUAUCCCCGACCGUUUCAGCGCCUUCACCCUCGUCUCGAAUUACAAUCACGAUCUGCGACUGCAGAGCCUACCGCUUAGCGCCAAUGUUGCCGCGCGAGACAUGCGUUGCGGCUUGACGUACGCCGGAUACGGGGCGUCCGGGGGUGCCUGGUGGGCCCGCCAUGUGGGCCUGUUGCUGCCGCAUUCUUUGCUCCCACCUACGAGAAUCCCGUCCCAACAGACGACACCAGUCACGAAUUGCUCGCCCAUUCAUCCAGAACCCCUCAGCCCGGCGCGUCCCGGAUCACCACGAAGGUGCACACCGGAAAAGGCCAAAUUCGAGGAGGAGGUGCCGUUGAACCUCAGCACGAAGCCGAGCGACGUCUCGUCGAACAUCGGCAGCAGGAAAAGUGAAAUCUGGUCGCCGGGCUCGGUGUGCGAGAGGGAGGCCAGAGAAACGAGAGCACCGUCCUCAAGGAGUCCGUCCUCGACCCCUGUAAUUACGCGGCAAAUUCAUCACUCGCCGCUCACACCGCCCUCCUCGACGGAAAGGACUUUUCAAUGCAAGCAGUGCGGCAAGGCUUUUAAGCGGUCAAGCACACUCAGCACUCAUCUGCUGAUCCACUCCGACACGAGGCCCUAUCCCUGCCAAUAUUGCGGCAAGAGGUUUCACCAGAAGUCGGACAUGAAGAAGCACACCUACAUACACACAGGUGAGAAACCGCACAAGUGUGUCGUGUGCGGUAAGGCGUUCUCCCAGAGCAGCAACCUGAUCACGCACAUGCGUAAGCAUACCGGCUACAAGCCGUUCCAGUGCGGUCUCUGCGAAAAGGCCUUCCAGAGGAAGGUGGAUCUGCGGCGGCACCGGGAGGGUCAGCAUCCGGCAGCGCCGGCGCUCGAUUAUCGCUCGCUGCAGAUACCACCGCAACAGCAGCCGCAGCAGCAACAAGUCACCAACAACGGAAACUCGCCGGUACCACCGCACUCGUCGGCACCUUCGACGGGUUACCACGUGAUAUCCGUGCCCGGUAGCAGCUGAGACUCGUUCACUUAAUCGAUGGCUCUUCGUCCGUAAAGAUGUACCGGAGCACCGCACCCCGGACAACCCCCAGGCACCCCGAGCUCCCCGACAGGGUACGUAUCCGUUGGACCGCAUGUACGCACGACGUCCGUUGGCCGAAACCAUGGGAUCUCUAUGGGGUACAGCAUCGUGAUACGAAAAUAAUCUUGUGAAUGAUUGAUUGAUCUGAUUGAAUGUUGAUAAUGCGCUAGUGAUCUCUCAUUAUUAUAGAAAUUUCACUUUGAGAAAAUUUUCGGACGUAUGUGCGUCAACGGAAACGUAACGUCGAACUAGCGGAAUAAUGCCACUCGAGCGUUUACGCGCGAGUGAGGAUGAUUCGUGUAAGUUUUAUUACGAUUAACUGUAACUGAACGUUCCCGGUGAACUUGAGCGAGUAUUUCGACGGGAAAGGAUUAACGUAGGAUGAGAUCCGCGUAACUAAGAUAAAGUCACGCGGAACGAUUAAUUCGACAUUGUCGAUCAUUGGCGAGCUAGUGCUUUUGAUGUGCCGUUUCUAUCGUACGAUCGAUAUCCGAGUCUGAAUGUGACGAAAUCAUACACGAUGCGUUGCUGAGAGAAUCCUAAGAACUGAUAUUGUGGAUGUACUACUCUUUUUCUGUCACGUGUCAUAGUCCGUCGAAGCCAAAGUCGAUCGAGCGAAUCAUUGCAAACGAUUCAUGAUAUAUCAUGUCGAAAUGUUAACAGUCGUCGUUAAAUUAAUUAAAUAUUUUAUCUUACUUAAUUUAACUUUACUAUUUUCGGACUUGUUUGUCGUCUUGUGAUCCUAAUUUUUCCGUCUUAUUUUCGCGCUUUUUAUAUUUUUAUAAUUAUCGACACGAGAGUUAUUGGCGAGCACAUUUUGUAUCGGUAUUCAGUCGCAAAUCAAAGUACGCUUCCGUCGCUGGAAGUCAUCGCUGUGAGAGAAAAGCGUGAAUGCAGGUGAUUAUUUUUGUAUUAAUAACUGAAAAAAGUCGAGAGAGAAAGUGAGAACGAGAAAGAGGAAGAAGAGGAAGAUGUCUAGCUUAAAUAAUUCACAGCACGCUGUACUUUUCCUGCACAGAGAGGCAAUCGGUGUUACUACAAUACACAUGAUCGGAGGUCUGCGUGUAAAACGAAUUAUUAAGAUUUAAGCUCACGCGAAAGCUUUACGUGUAAAUAGGAUCGAUUUCUGAAAAUUUUCAACGAAUUAUCCGUCCCCCUUAUACGCGAAUAAGAUAAAAAAGGGAUCGCGGGAAGGAAAAAUUUCGCGCGAAAUUCGCACAUCCGGCAACGAAUCAUAGCGGCUAGAGGACCAAAGAUAGCGUAAGCCGGACCUGGUCGAUUGGUAAGGCGCAAUCGGGUUUUCUCAUCGUGACGAGUUUACCGGAGCGUAAACGAGGCGAGUUACGUCAAAGCGCAGGAAAAUGAUGAGAGCGACGAGACGACUCGCGAGAACUCGAGUUUUUCACCAGAGAUCCCGGUCCUUCGUACUGUACGUACAGAUUGUAACAUACCAUUAGAAUUAGCUAGAUUAAUUGACGAUUAUAGGCGCGUCCCGAUAAAUUAUCUGACAACGACGUACCAUUAAUGGAAUAAUUCGCCCGUGGCGGCGUUUUCGCGACGAGGAUCACGAGGAGCGACGUCGUUUUCUCUCAUGUUAAUUAAUUAGCGAACGCUGUAACGCGUGUCUGACACGAGAUCCGCGCGUUGGGCAAUUUUGUGCUAUACAUAUUAAGAUUAUAUAAACUUAUGUGUAGAAAUCGCGAUCAAUAGAUCAGUAAGCAGAUACCUUUCAAGAUAUUCGUGUAGGUGUCUAUGCGAGCGCAGAGAAAGACAGAGAGAAAGAGAGAACAAACGUGCGUGUGCGUGUGUGUAGGAACGAGUGAGAGAAAGGACGAGAGAACGCAAUAGUGAUAAGAGAGAUUGUGCGUAUAUUAUGAGUAUGAGCGAGAGCGAUUCGUGUGAUUAAUCGGUAAAACCAAAAAUAUGUUUAUUAUUGCUAAAGAAAAUAUUGAUCGAAUAAAUUGUUUUUCUUAUAAAAA